UGGCACUUUUAGAUAAAAGCCAUGACAUGAACUUCCCUCUUAAAAGAGACCAAAGAAAGAAAAAGGUGAAAGAACUAAAAGUGGUGGUGGUGUUUUUUUUUUUCCCAUCAGUUUACAACGUUCACGGCCAGGCUGGAGUUUGGCCUCCUGAGGAUUUUGAGGCAACAGAGCGAGGAAGCAGAACUCCUCCUCAAGCUGAUGACCAAUCACCGGGUGCCAUCAUCCAGAUUACCGCUGGAUGUGUUUUUACUUCUUUCUCUGCAUCGAAUGCUCACAAGCACUUAAUCAGCAGGAAGGUGAACACUUGUAUGACCUGGUUUGCAUGUGCCUCAUAUUUGUCUCCUGCUUUGUCAAGAUGGAAUGGAAUGGAACAAUGGUGCUCAGUCUUGGUGGCUAUGUAGAGAUAGAAAAGUAUAGAUAUGUUUAUUUGAUGUUUUUCAUGGCACUCUAUGUUCUCAUUCUCUGCUGUAAUUGCGUCAUAAUUUGUGUUAUUUGGAUUCACAGGACCCUUCAUGAGCCCAUGUACAUUUUCAUUGCCGCUUUGUCUCUCAACUCGCUUGUGUUCAGCACUGUUAUCUACCCCAAACUGAUUGUGGACGUCUUGUCUCAACAGCAGACCGUUUCUUAUUACGACUGUUUGGUCCAGAUAUUUCUUUUCUAUAGUUUAGCUGGUUCUGACCUAAUGCUGUUGACAGCCAUGGCUUACGACAGGUUUGUGUCCAUCUGCAGGCCGCUGCAAUAUGCAACUACCAUGAGCAAGACCGCUGUCAGACGUUUUUUGGCUUUGGCUUGGUUUUGGCCGACCUGUCACCUUGUGAUAGUAACCAUCCUUCAGUCCAAACAAAAACUAUGUAACUUUAUUUUGGGUGGAAUUUUUUGCAAUACUACAAUGAUUAAGAUUCAUUGUACAACACCAAUGUACCUCAGUGUGUGGUCGUUAAUUAGUCUCAUAAACACGAGUCUCAUUCCUAUGCUGUUCAUCCUCUUCACGUACAUAAAAAUAUUUACUGUCAUCUAUCAUAGCCAUGGAGAAGUCCGGAAAAAAGCAAUAGAUACAUGCUUGCCUCACUUGAUUGUUUUAUUGAGCUUUUUCUGUUUGCUUGUCUUUGACUUUGCCAUCGGGCUACUGGAGUUGGUGCUUCCAAAAACUGUGCGACUGAUUAUGAGUCUCCAAAUAGUGGUGUACAAUCCUCUGUUUAAUCCAAUCAUUUAUGGCUGGAAGAUGAAAGAAAUCUGGAAACCAGUCAAGAGAAUGUUGUUCUGUUGCAAUCAUGAUGAAUUAAUCAAAACUCAGGUGGAAUGAAGACUACGUUCAUGCGUGUGCGUCCAUGUUUGUGCACGUGCGGAAGUUUGAAUGUCUCUGUGUGUAUGUGUCUAUCCGUGUCCAUGUGAGCCUCUGGAUACAUGCAAUUUGUAUGUACAUGUGAGGCAAUAUUUUUUUGUGUGUUCAUGUGCUUAUGUGUGCGCAUUUGUGUGUGUUUUUUUUGGUGUGUGUUAUUACUCCACUUAAGGACAAUUUAAUCUAUAAAAUUAUUCUCUUCUAUGUGCACAUGCGUGGGAGGGGACGACAUUAGCGAGCGAAAUAUUAGUACGUAUCUUCGAUUUGAAGUUUUGCA